AUGACUGCAUACUCGGACUAUUCCGACUUCCACACAGACGAGGCCGACGAAGGCCUCGGUCUGGUCGACGAUGACGACGGCGAUGCUACCAGCCUGUCCAUCAAGUCGCCCGUGUUCGACUACAUCUACGAGAACGGCCGUCGCUACCACCGCUUCCACGAGGGCGCCUAUCCACUCCCCAACGACGCCGCCGAGCAGCACCGGCUGAAGCUAUUCCACCACAUCUGGUACAUGCUGAUGAACAGCAAACUCUGCAAAAUGCCGCUGCACGAUCCGCAGAUGGUCCUCGACGUCGGCUGCGGCACGGGCGACUGGGCCAUCGACAUGGGCGACUGUUUCCCCUCGGCCGUGGUCAUCGGCACCGACCUGAGCCCCAUCCAGCCGACUUGGAUCCCACCGAAUGUGAAAUUUUACGUCGACGAUGCAGAGGAUGAGUGGGCCUUUGAUAACCACAGCUUUGAUCUGGUGCAUGGCCGCAUGCUCGUGGGCAGUAUCAACAACUGGCCGCGGUUCUUCGAGCAGGCCUUUGCCAAUCUCCGUCGCGGCGGUUAUGUUGAAAUGAACGAGCUGGAACUCAGUUUCUGCUCGGAUGAUGCGAGCCCCGAAGAUAUCGAGCCGCUGAACCGGAUUGUAGCGCGCUACAACAAGGCGAGCAAGAUGUUUGGCAAGUCGUUUGACGACGUGUCGAGCAUGAAGCAAAACAUGCAGCACGCGGGCUUUGUCGAUAUCCAGGAGGAGGUCUACAAGAUCCCCCUUGGCAACUGGCCCGCAAACCCCAUACUCAAAACCCUCGGCCGCACUGCCCUCAACGCAGCCCAGCAAUCCCUCGAACCAUACUUUCUCGCCCUGGGGGCACGCAUUCUGGGCGAAUCCGCAGGCGACAUUCGCGAGGUCACGCGGGCGCUGAAAAAGGAGAUUUCAAAGUCUUCGCUUCAUCUGUAUAUCAAAGCUCAUUUUAUCUGGGGACGGAAGCCAGAUUUAUAA